AACCGACAGGCGCCGCCUUAUGCUACUUGAAGUAGCUCUUGUGGUUGAUUUCGGCAUGGAGGAUAUUUAUGCUAAGUUCGUGUCUCAGAAAAUCAGCAAAACCCGCUGGCUGCCGGUAUCUCCAGGGAGCCUGCACACCGCGGAGACGUUCGCUACAGGGUCUUGGGACAAUGAGGAAAAUUAUGUUUCACUGUGGUCCAUUGGCGAUUUUGGAAACUUGGACUCUGAUGGAGGGUUUGAAGGAGACCAUCAAUUAUUGUGUGAUAUCAAACACCAUGGUGAUGUAAUGGAUUUACAGUUUUUUGAUCAGGAAAGAAUUGUAGCUGCUUCAUCAACAGGAUGUGUAACAAUUUUCCUUCACCAUCCAAAUAACCAGACUCUGUCAGUCAACCAGCAAUGGACAACAGCUCACUACCACACAGGUCCAGGCAGUCCUUCCUAUAGCAGCGCCCCAUGUACAGGUAUUGUGUGCGACAACCCAGAAAUUGUCACAGUUGGAGAGGAUGGUCGAAUAAAUCUCUUCAGAGCUGAUCACAAGGAAGCUGUAAGAACUAUAGACAAUGCAGAUAGCAGUACACUCCAUGCUGUAACCUUCCUUCGAACUCCUGAGAUUCUUACAGUAAAUUCAAUUGGACAGUUAAAAAUAUGGGAUUUCAGACAACAAGGAAAUGAGCCUUCUCAGAUAUUAUCAUUAACUGGUGACCGAGUGCCACUCCACUGUGUUGAUAGACAUCCCAAUCAACAGCAUGUUGUAGCUACUGGUGGCCAGGAUGGAAUGUUGAGUAUUUGGGAUGUUAGACAAGGUACCAUGCCUGUGUCUCUGCUGAAGGCUCACGAAGCUGAAAUGUGGGAAGUUCACUUUCACCCAUCCAACCCAGAUCAUCUGUUUACUUGUUCUGAAGAUGGGUCCCUUUGGCACUGGGAUGCCUCCACAGAUGUACCUGAAAAGUCAUCACUCUUUCACCAAGGAGGAAGAACUAGUGCUUUUUUGUCUCAUAGCAUUAGUAACCAAGCUAAUGUUCAGCAGUCUCUCAUAAGUUCCUGGCUCAGUACUGAUCCUGCAAAAGACCGUAUUGAAAUCACGAGCUUACUUCCCAAUAGGACUCUGUCUGUGAACAGUUUGGAUGUUUUAGGUCCUUGUCUUGUUUGUGGAACUGAUGCAGAAGCAAUUUAUGUCACAAGACAACUUUUUCGUUGAAAGCACUGUAAUUACAAGAUUUCAGAUAAAACAUACAAUUGGCCUUUUGAAUUUCAACUUCUGUACAAAAUUUUAUUAGAAAUUUGCAGGGGAAACAUCAAUAAACUACUGUUAAUGUCAAUGCCCAUUUUUGGCUUUUGUUAGUUAUGUUGUUGUGGGAUAUUCCCAUAACAGUUAUAGAAUAUGACAGAUGACUGAUGGCAAAAGAUUUUCAACAUGUGAUAGAACAGCAGAGGGGUCUUUGUGCUGAUGAAAUACAUUGCCUUCAAACAGACUAUUAUGACAGCUCACAAAACCAACUCUUCAUUUUUGAUGUAUGUUGUGAGACUUACCAUCAGUGGUGAUUAUGGGAAGCACCAGUGGGUUCCUAUAAUUUUUAUCAACAGUAUGUGGAACAGUACAUUGUUCUCUACUGGCUUAGCCAACGUUAAAGAUUAUUCUUUUUAUUGCAAGUAAUUUCUUUGAUCCUUUUAUAUUUUAUUUUGUUAAUAAUUUUUUUUUUUUUUUUGUAGAGACAGAGUCUCACUGUACUCCCCUCAGGUAGAAUGCCGUGGCGUCACACGGCUCACAGCAACCUCUAACUCUUGGGCUUACACGAUUCUCUUGUCUCAGCCUCCAGAGCAGCUGGGACUACAGGCGCCCGCCACAACGCCUGGCUAUUUUUUUUGUUGUUGUUGUUGUUGCAGUUUGGCUGGGGCUGGGUUUGAACCCGGCACCCUCGGCAUAUGGGGCUGGCGCCCUACUCACUGAGCCACAGGCACUGCCCUAUUUUGUUAAUAAUUUUAAUAAACUUUUUCAGAAAGAAUUGGGUAGGCCAAAAUGACAAAUUUAUAGUCAUAUUCAAAUUUUUUUAAAGGUGAAAAUGUUCAAGAAGUUACUCUGUUGCUUGCAAUAGGUUUUUCAGCAAAACUUUGUGAACUGCUUGGACCCAAGUUUAUUUUUCUUAAAAAGGAAAAAGAUACAUUUUUCCUAAAGAUUUUUGCUUUUGUUUGAGAACAAACAAAAAUAUUGGCAAACUGGAUUUUACUCAAUAAAAUAGAAUUUGAUAUUUGAUGAGUGGAGUGAAUACUAAACUAAAAUUUGAUAGAUAACAAGUGUGAUAAUCAUAUGAUAUUAUGGUAAGGAUAAAGAAUUAUGCCACAGUAUUGUUAUCUUAAAUGUUAAUGACUUAACAGAUAAUGUUAUAAGACAAUUUCAUGACGUUGUCUUUCCAAAAUGUGUUAGAUUAUAAAUGUAUUAUUGAUCUAAAACCUUAAUGAUGUAAUACUGCUAUUAUACAAUUGAAAUAUGUGUUUACUUUAUAAUUCCAAUAAUAGUAAUUAUGGUAAGAUUUUGCUUUUCUGUCCUAAUAAAUAUUUUCAAUUUUGUAUGCCACCUUACUCAGGAGCUUUUGUCAAUGCUUUAAAGGGGAAUGUAUAUGUAUCUGCUUUUUUACAUAUAUUUGUCGUGAAACUAUUUGAUUGAAAAUAAUUAGUAACUUUGAAUUCCAAAGAAUUAGAGGAGGAAAGAAAAUGCUGCCAGGAAUUUUAAUCUGUUUAUAGUUUUACUAGGAUUAAACUUCUAAGACUUUUUGUUACUACAAAAGUAAUGCAUUACAAAAAAAAGUGGAUAUAGUCAAAAGAAAAAUUUAAAUACUACGAUUUCAAACAGUGACAGUCAUCUUUUCAUACCCCUUUCUAGCAACAUAUGUAAUUUUUUUUAUAAAAAUGAAAAUACUUAGAAUCUCCAUCAUUGACCAUCUCCCUACAUUGACCACUUCCUUUUUUUUUUUUUUUUUGUAGAGACAGAGUCUCACUGUACCGCCCUCGGGUAGAGUGCCGUGUCACACGGCUCACAGCAACCUCUAACUCUUGGGCUUACGCGAUUCUCUUGCCUCAGCCUCCCGAGCAACUGGGACUACAGGUGCCCGCCACAAUGCCCGGCUAUUUUUUUGUUGCAGUUUGGCCGAGGCUGGGUUUGAACCCGCCACCCUCGGCAUAUGGGGCCGGUGCCCUACUCACUGAGCCACAGGCGCCGCCCACUUCCUUAAGUUGAACUAAUUUUCAUAGAACAGACAUGCACUACCUGUACCAAUCAGUUCAGUAGGCCUCGUUCCUUACUAUGACCACCUCUAUAUGUUGACUAGUUUGCUACAGUCCCUCGGGUGGUCAACUUAAAGAGAUUCUACUGUAUAUUGUAUGUGGUAUCUUUGUAGAUACAUAUUCCCUAGCAGCAAACACAUUUCCCUAGUAAUAAUUCUCUAAUAUCAUUAGUAUUUUAAGAUACAGAUUUGAAUACCAUAAUUUAUUUCAGCUGGUUGCCCAUUAUUGGUUAUUUCACGUUUCUAGCUUCUCACUGUUAUGAUUAGUGCUAUAAUGUCUACUUAGUCUGUAUUUCUUUUAGAAGUUGCUCAUAUCCUUAGCCAUUUUUAUUUUCUGAGAUAUUUUGGCAUUUCUUAUUAAUUUAUAACAUCUUUUUAUAUAUGAAGAAUUUUGGUCAUGUGAUAAAAGUAUUUUUAAAUUUAUUUUUUGGCUUUAUUUAAGGUGUUUUUCAUAGAAGUUUUGCAUUUUGAGGGCGGUGCCUGUGGCUCAAAGGAGUAGGGCGCCGGCCCCAUAUGCCAGAGGUGGCGGGU